AUGCUGGGUCGUCGUUCGCAGAGUCACGAGCUUAUACCAUACAACCCUGAACUAGGGAACACACUUCGUUAUCUCCGUCGAGAUAAAAAUAAGCAAGAUACACUUCCAAUCAAGAUGGGAGACGCGUUGGAGCUUAACAACCUCACCCGACCUUUGAAGGAUUUCACGGUUCCUAAAGCAUUGGACCAGCCGUCUUGCAUUGCAUAUCCAGCCACUACAACCACCUUUGAGAUCAAGAGUGGCACCAUUCACCUUUUGCCACAAUUCUGUGGCAAGGUUGGGGAUGAUCCUCACAUACAUAUCAAGGAUUUCUUUGCUGUGUGCGCGACUAUGCACAAUGGAGGGAUUAGUGAUAAGGCAAUCAGAUUGCGUUUGUUGCCAUUCUCACUCAAAGAACGAGCCAAGUAG